AUGCUCAUGUUCCUGGCAUGCGCGAAGAGCGUUGAGACAGCCCGACAGAAUAGGAAGAAUCGAGCUGAUUAUGGUAUGCGCAGUGGGGCAGAGAUAUAA